AUGCCGCCUCGAUCUUCCCUCGCGUCGUCUUUCUCCAUCACCGACUCCAACAAUGAAGUCGUUUGCCCACUGCGGAACCAGGAUGGUUCAAGUUGUCGCAAGCGAUGCAUCGGCGAGAAGAGAUACCGAUCCAUGCAGGAGCACAUUCGGCGGGCGCAUCCUGAGCAUUACAUCUCCAAGCUCCCUGCGACCGAAGAGAGCUUCAUGCUCAUGAUCAGUACCCCGCCUUCCGAGCGAGCUCCCCCCGUCCAGCAGAAUUCCGUAGGACCGCCGCGGCCGCCGCCGCAGCAGCAGGCGCAUGCGAAUGUGAAUAGAGGCGGACCACCGAUUGACCCAGCUUUAGGAGGAUACCCGCUCGACCGUCAUGCAUAUCUCCGAGACGACCUGAGUGCACCCGGCACACCUGGAAAUUUCGAUGAGUUCACCGGCGGUCCGCUGUUGCCAGCCGCAAGCGCAGCGGCAGCCCUUGCACAGCUCGGCCAGGGACAGAAGACAGAGCCGGAAUGGGACUCCGGCGAGGAGUGGCCUUCGGACCCGGAAGGCCAGAGAAUACCCAGGACGACAAUAGAAUUGCCACCAAUUCACAUUGAGCCUACCAGUGAACCGUACCCACCGCUGAACUCGGCUCGCCAAAGAGACCUACUACCAUCGAUCCUGUCCAACUCCCCGCCUGGUCGGUCUUCCACCCUUCCGCCACUGCAACGGCCGCUCGGCCCCAAUCGACCCCGGAAGCAGUCUGUUACCAAGCGUGGCCACAAGAAGCAGAAAUCGCGAGGCACGGCGGCAGAAUGGCUACGAAGGAUCCAAAACGAUGACCGUCUCAAACCAGGCGGCAUUGAUCGCAAAGCCCACUCUGUCGAGCCUAUGGCAGAUUAUGGCAAGCGAUGGGAGGACCUUAUCGACGCUGCCGCAUCGGCUACCGAAGACAUAGAGGAUGACAGGACUCCUGUUCCCCAAUCCCCUAUCUCCAUGCAUCGAGCUUCCCUGCCUCCGUUCAACAAUCAUUACCAGAGCUUCCAGGGUUAUCAAGCGUCGCCUCUGCAGCAAGCUCUCACCCCACCUUCCUUUGCUCAGGAGAUGCCGGACCCGUUCCCUUCUGUUGAGAGUGGUGAGAGUGGCGACAACUUCCACAUUGGGACACAUGGCUUGACGGAUUCCUCCCCAAGCUACUCAUCCCUAGACGUGCACAUCUACUGCGCCGCAUGUCAGAGGACCUCCAAGCUUAGAGAGUCGUAUGCAUGCACCGAAUGCAUUUGUGGCCUCUGUCGGGAAUGCGUCAGCGUGUUGGUGGAAGAACAAGGCGCGAGACGGAAAUGCCCGCGUUGCGCUACCAUCGGCGGCAGAUUCAAGCCUUUCCAGCUGGACAUUCGAUGA